GCUACAUAAGGCGCCGCUCGGCCGGGCCGCCCUUGUCGGAAGCCGGGAGCGGCAGAGCCGGCUGCGGCGAGGCAGGCGCGGCGGGAUGCGGUCCCGCCGCCGCGGGGGGGGCGGGCAGCCCCCCUGGCCCGUGCCCAGGAUGCUGGUGCUGUGCCUGCUGUCCCUGGCCUGGCUCAGCGAGGGCUCCCAGCGCAGUGAGCCCAUGUUCACGGCCGUCACUCACCGCCUCCUCCCACCUGACUACGACAGCAACCCCACACAGCUCAACUAUGGCGUGGCUGUCACUGACCUGGAUGCUGACGGUGACUUCGAGAUCGUCGUGGCAGGGUACAAUGGCCCCAACCUGGUGCUCAAGUACGAUAAGCUUCGGGGACGGCUGGUGAACGUGGCGGAGGACGAGCAGGGCUCCCCAUACUACGCACUGCGGGACCGGCAGGGCAAUGCCAUUGGUGUGACAGCCUGUGACAUCGAUGGGGAUGGCCGUGAGGAGAUCUACUUCCUCAACACCAACAAUGCCUUCUCCGGCAUGGCCACCUACACAGACAAGCUCUUCAAGCUCCGCAAUGGGCGCUGGGAGGACCUCCUGAGUGAUGAGGUGAACCGGGGCGUGGCCAGCCGCUUUGCCGGGCGCUCCGUCGCCUGUGUGGACCGGAUGGGCUCCGGCAGGUACUCCAUCUACAUCGCCAACUACGCCAGCGGCAACGUGGGCCCCCACUCGCUGAUCGAGAUGGAUGUGGCUGCCAGUGACCCUGCCCGCGGCGUCGUGGUGCUGGUGGACGUGGCCGCGCAGGCUGGCGUCAGCAAAUACACAGGGGGCCGUGGUCUGGCCGUGGGCCCCAUCCUGAGUGACAGCGCCUCUGACAUAUUCUGUGGUAAUGAGAACAGCCCCAACUUCCUCUUCCACAACCGCGGGGAUGGAACGUACCGGGAUGUGGCAGCUGCUGUGGGGCUGGAUGACCCCUACCAGCAUGGACGUGGCGUGGCGCUGGCUGACUUCAACCGCGAUGGUCGGGUGGACAUUGUCCAUGGCAACUGGAACGGGCCACACCGCCUCUACCUGCAGACUGGGGCCCCCGGGCGCGUCCGAUUCCGGGACAUCGCCACCCCCAAGUUCUCCAUGCCGUCCCCUGUCCGCACUGUCAUCGCAGCAGACUUUGACAACGACCAGGAGCUGGAGGUUUUCUUCAACAACAUUGCUUACCGCGGCUCCUCUGCCAACCGCCUCUUCAGGCUCAUCCGCAGGGAGCACUCGGACCCCAUCAUGGAAGAGCUGAAUCCAGGAGAUGCGCUGGAGCCCGAGGGACGAGGCACGGGGGGUGCAGUGACGGAUUUUGAUGGCGAUGGGAUGCUGGACCUCAUCCUAUCCCAUGGAGAGUCCACGGCACAGCCAAUCUCCAUCUUCAAGGGCACCCAGGGCACCAACAACAACUGGCUGCGCGUGAUCCCGCGCACCCGCUUCGGGGCCUUUGCGCGGGGGGCCAAGGUGGUGCUGUUCACACGGCGCAGCGGGGCCCACCUGCGCAUCAUCGACGGCGGGUCCGGGUACCUCUGUGAGAUGGAGCCCGUGGCGCACUUCGGACUGGGGCACGACAAGCCCAGCAGCCUGGAGGUGACCUGGCCGGAUGGCCGCGUUGUGUCACGACCAGUGGCCAGCAGUGAAACCAACUCUGUCCUGGAGGUCCCCUACCCCCUGGACACGGAGGAGCCGCUUGUGCCUGCCCCACUCGAGUGCGGGCAGGGAUUCUCCCAGCACGAGAAUGGACGCUGUGUAGACACAAAUGAAUGCACCGAGUUUCCCUUUGUUUGCCCCCGGGACAAGCCUGUCUGCAUUAACACCUACGGCGCGUACCGCUGCCGCAGCAACAAGCGCUGCGGACGGGGCUUCGAGCCCAAUGAGGAUGGCACAGCUUGCGUGGCUCAAGUGGCCUUUUUUGGGGGAUACCCCUCCACUGGGAGCUGGCCCAGGCUCCCCCAGAGCGCUCCCCUCCCUCUGGUCCUUGGACUCUGCCUUUGCCUCUAUGCACUUUAAGCCCUUCCUGUAACACGCCAGAGCAGCCUUGGCAGAAGGACUGGCCAGCCUCUGCCUGUCUCUCCUUUUCUCUCUCCAUGUCGAGCUGCCCUGGAAGUGCCGGCUGUGCCCUACAGGGGUGGCCUGUGGUGGGAGGGGGAUGGAGCCCAGCUGUUCCUUUGCACCUUGUUUGGGGAUGGAAGCUCCCUUGCCCAGCACUGCCCCUGCCCUGCCGGCACUUCUCGGGCUGGUCGCUUGCUCCGUCGCCUCGAUACUGUACCAUGUGCCUGCUGGUUUGGCCUGCGACGUGUGUGCUUCGCCUACCCCCUUCUCGGUAUGGGGACCACCUCCCCAGCCCUGGCAGAGGAGGGUCCCCCCGGCCCUGCAGGGGAAGGACCCUUCUGGUCUGUUUUUUAACGUAUUGACCCCGCUGUUUGGAGUCUGACCCUGCUCAGUCUUCCAGCCCCUCUCCCAGAGAACCCCCUCAAUAAACUAUAUCCAGUCUAUCAACCCAAACUGCUGAGCUGUGCGGUGCAGGGUUGUGCCCAAGCUUCUGUCC